UCCUCGGCUCCAUUGGCCAGCGCUCGAGGGCAGAGGAGGGCUGCGCCUCGUCCAGACGCAGCGGCCGUCCCCGCAGCCCGGAGCAGUCUACCGGAGCCCCGCCGAGGCCCUGGCAGGCGGCCGGAGCGGCCUUCGGGGAGCCACCUGCCCUGCCGGGAAGCGCCGCCCAGCCCCGCCCGCCGGCCGGGAGGGGGGACAGGUGCGGCCGCAGCCAGGAAGGCGGGCCGGGAGGGGCGCCCGCGUGGCAGCCGGAGCUCCAGAUCUUUGCUCUUUCCAGCAACACCUGUGUGUAGCAUGGAGGACUUGGCUGUCCCCGCGCCCCUCUCAGGGGGCUUCACCUACCUGGUGGCCGCCUCGCAGACCUUGGGCCUGGCCGUGAUCCUGGUCUUGGGAGCCUGGAUGGGAGUGUAUCGUGGGGGCAUCGCUUGGGAGAGCUCGGAGCUGCAGUUUAACGUCCAUCCUCUGUGCAUGGUUGUUGGAAUGGUGUUCUUGCAAGGAGAUGCACUCCUGGUGUAUCGCGUUUUCAGGAACGAGAGCAAGCGUUCCACCAAGAUCCUGCACGGCCUCCUCCAUGCCUUGGCCCUGGUCAUUGCCCUUGUGGGUCUGAUCGCUGUCUUUGAGUACCACAAGAAGAAAAGUUUCCCGAACAUGUACAGCCUCCACAGCUGGUGUGGAAUUGCUGCUUUUAGCUUCUACGUGCUCCAGUGGCUGCUCGGACUGGUCUUUUUCCUCUGCCCCGGAGUCUCGUUCUCCGUUCGCAGCAGAUACAAACCUCAUCACAUGUUUUUCGGGGUCUUCCUCUUCAUCCUGUCUCUCGCCACUGCGCUGCUGGGGAUCCUGGAACUGCUCCUCUUCAAGAUAAGGGACAGCUACAGUGCAUUCGUCCCUGAAGGUGUCUUGGCCAACAUCUUGGGCCUGUUGCUGGUGGCCUUUGGGGCAGUUCUGGCCUACAUCCUGACCCGGGACGAGUGGCAGAGACCGCCCUUGGCCGAAGAGCUGGCCCUUUCCAUGGAUUUCAAAACCCUCACGGAAGGAGACAGCCCAGCUGCCUCCCACUGAGGGGGUCGCUCCGAGGCAGACAGACAGGGGCGCUGUGUGUGUGUGUUGUUGCUUGUGGGCCCCUCCCUGCUUCUUGGGUGUAAACAGCCCCUCUUUGCCUUCCGUGCAGCACCGCGUCUGUUUCCCUACCCUUAGUUGGUCCCCCAGGAGCAGGGGCCUCAGUCAGAAGCUGUGCAAAUGUUCUCAAUGGCUUUUACUGCUGCUUUUGUGCAUCUGGAUUGUGUGCCAGGCCUCCCCGUGCGGAGGGUGGUUCAGGAGGCCUCUCUUGUGCCUCUCCCAGUGGUGGUGUGCUUCUGUAGCUAAUCAUGGGCCGCUUUGCAAGAGAUUUCUCUGCUCAGCCUAGAGGAGGACUGAUAGGUACCAAGGCGGGUUCUGGAAGGGGGAAGGCAGUGAGUUUGGGGCACUUGGAAGCCACGCUGCUUAUCAUAAAAAUAAAAUAAAUUCUCAGCGCCAGGGCCGGGUCCAGUGGUUUUAAAUGGCUUCCGGGCACGACCUGCAUUUUCACCCUGACCUGACUCUUGCCUCCCCCUCUCUCACUCUUGGGCAGAAGUUUGAUUGGUGCUUUGCCCUUUCUGAUUUUGUUCUGUGGGGCUUCGACAGAACAAUGGGCGGCGGUUGCCACCACACUUCAACCGAAACGAAAACAGAGUCAUUUACUUCGUCUCUUUACUUAUCCUGAGUGGAGAGGGAGAUGCACGUCUGUUAAACUUCCUGCAGGGUUUUAAACAUCCAGCUGAGAUGAAAAAGCAGAGUUUUUGUUCCAAACUCAUAUUAGGGAAUUCUUGCCUAAACCCGGUAGGCUGAGUGACGAGAUGUGCUCGGUGGGAGAGGUAUGUUGAAGCACUAGAAAUGUGCUAUGGCAUAGGUGUCAAACUCGCGGCCCUCCAGAUGUUAUGGACUACAGUUCCCA